CAUGCCGUUAACCUCACUUGAGUCCAACAUGGCGUCCACCAACAGCCGAGAAUGGAGGGCGGUGUGCGAGAAAUUUCACCGCGCCCAAGAUCUUUCCGAAACAGAAUCGCGAAAAGAUCCCGAAAACGACCCUUUCCGCUCUAAAUAUAAAGCUAGGGAGCUGCUGAAGGAGAUUUACUGUACGGUAAAGAAUUUCGACGUAGACGACAGCGAGAACGAGGACCGGGAGCCGGACCGUCAGCCAGCAGAGCCUGCAGACGGGGAGGUGGUAAAUGGAGGAGUUAAUAAUAAACCGCACGCAGGCGACUCUCGAGCCGGACUCCGAGCCGCCAAACUCGGCGUGAUUGACUAUCAUCUGGGUGUGAACCAUAUCGAAACCGAGGAGCUCUCCGCUGGCGAAGAAUACUUAAUGAACUGUAUGAAAUUGCUGGAGGAGUGUACGGUAACACGGGAAAAUGUCUCGCUGUUCAUACAAGUCAGGAACCAGCUUGGCAUCUUAUGGGCCGGACGGGACGAAACCGAGAAAGCUCAAGGCUUUUUGGAAACGGCUGAGUCCAUUUAUGUUCACUACAUGAAAGAGGAUGGCCAACCACCACUGGAUUUGGUAGAUUUCUUUGUGCUAGAGGAAGAUGCACCCUCCCAACAAGAGAGAAUGAGGAGAUUUGAAAUGGCAUACACACACACGCUUUAUUAUCUGGCCCAAGUGUAUAAAUAUCUGGGUCAGUAUGAGAGAGCGGGACAGUACUGCCACAGCACAUUGCAGAGACAGCUGAAGUUCAGCCAGUUUGUGCCACUCGAGUGGGCUAUCAAUGCUGCCACACUGUCGCAGUAUUACAUCACCAAGACACGAUACAUGGAGGCGCGACACUGUUUGGCUGCAGCUAAUGUCAUUGCUGGUCUGGCUGGAGAAGUCCCUUCAGAGGCUGCUGCCAAAGAAAGCGAAGCUGAAUAUGACAAACGUGAGCAGCUACGUCAGAAAAGAGCUGAAAUUGCAAGGUGCUGGAUCAAAUAUUGCCUUAAUCUGUUACAAGAUGCCAAAAAGCUUCUGGAGGACAACAUUGGAGAGUUAGACUUGGACCGACAGGAAGAGCUGCAAAGUGCCCGACGGCAUGAGGAGGAGGAAAAAGAGAGAGGAAGAAAAACAGCCGUUCUCUUUGAUUCCGCUGACACGUUCGAUUCGAUUUGCAGCCAGGAGGAGAAGGUGAGCUGCAUACUUCCGUUGAACUUUGAAGAAGCUCGUGCCAUCUUUCUGGUGGGUCAAGGCUACGUGACGCAGGCCAAGGAGUAUUUCGAGAUGGAUGGUCACGUAACGGACCAUAUCGAGAUCCUUCAAGAUCACAGUGCUCUUUUUAAGGUCUUGGCCUUUUUUGAGGAGGACCUGGAGCGCCGCUGCAAGAUGCACAAGCGGCGCGUGGACAUGCUCGAGCCCAUCUGCAAGGAUCUGAACGCUCAGUACUACUUGCUGAUCUGCCGACAGUUGCAGUUCGAACUCGCCGAGACCUUCUAUGAAAUGAUGGACCUAAAACUGGCCGUGGCUGAAAAGCAGGACCAGCCGGACGCACACACCAUAAAGAAGUUCAACCACUUGUGCUCGGCAUCCAUCAAGUACUACCAAAUGUUCCUCGACUCCAUCCGUUCACCAGAGGGCAAGUUUCCUGAAAAACUCGAAGACGAUUUGCUGAGACCGGCACUUGUGGCGAAGUUUCGUAUUGCUCGACUUCAGUCCAAGAUCAUCUCAGGAAACCUGGCCACUCAAUUGGAGAAUCUCAACCUCUCACUGGAGUCGUACAACUUUGUUGUGCAGUAUUGUGAGGAGCACCCAGAAGCCAAGAAGGCUGUGGAAACUGAACUGGAGCUGAGUGAAGAAAUGGUGACCCUCCUUCCUAUGAAGAUCAAUAGAAUAGCAUGUAGCAUGGCCUCCUCUAACUAAGAUGAAAUUGUGAUCACUUUAUAAAGAUGAUUACAGGCUAUAAUGAGAGCUGACAAAAAUCCUUCUGUUCCACUUUAAAACCAUCAUAUUACAGUAGACCAGAGUGUAUAUACAUUUUCCAGUCUCCAUAAUUAGUGAUACCCCAUUUUCCCAAUCUAGUCUAGCUGACCUAUCAUUCACCUUUACUUGUACAAACAUGGGAGCAGACUAGCGUUUCCUGUACUUACCUUGCUGAACUGCAUGAUUCAGUUAUCACUAAUAUAUUUAAUGUUACAGUGCGUGGUCAUAUCUAUCGUAUCUGAUCAAGGUAGAAAAUGAAAUAUAGUGUAACUGUUAAAUACACUUAUGCUUAAUAAAUAAAUUAAUUUGUUUUCGUUA